AUGUCGUUUUCGAACCUGAUCAACGACGUCGCCCAGCGGCCGCGACUGCAAUCCACCAACACCAAUGCCUCAUACGAUACUCGCGACAACCGGUCGACCUAUUCGCGCGCGAAAUCAUACGCCUCGACAGCAGCCACGAGCGUGAGCAUUAGUGGCGACAUUUCUAGUCAGCUUCACGGCGGCUAUUCACACCCACUAGCAAGAGCAUGGCAGGCAGAGCGACAAUUGACGAAGAGCAUGCUGAUCUAUCCACUCUUCAUCACGGACAAUCCAAACGAGGAGACCUCGAUUCCCAGUCUGCCGGGCCAGAAGCGCAUGGGUCUGAACAGGAUAGUCCCGUUUCUGACGCCUUUGGUCGCAAAGGGACUCAAGAGUGUUAUCCUGUUUGGUGUCCCACUUGCGCCGUCCGCGAAAGAUCCUCUCGGUACCGCCGCUGAUGACCCAGAAGGUCCUGUCAUUGCUGGCAUCAAACUCCUGCGACGAGCCUUCCCGCAUCUCUUCAUUGUCUGCGACGUCUGCCUUUGCGAAUACACAUCACACGGCCACUGCGGCAUUUUGCACGAGGAUGGCACGCUGAACAAUGCAACGUCAGUGGACCGCAUCUCUGACGUUGCCAUGGCGUAUGCAGAGGCAGGUGCACACUGUAUUGCGCCAUCGGACAUGAAUGACGGCCGUAUUCGAGCAAUCAAGCUGAAGCUGAUCGAGGCUGGCAUUGCCCACCGCAUCGUGCUCAUGUCCUAUUCUGCGAAGUUCAGCGGGUGCUUGUAUGGGCCUUUCAGAGAUGCUGCAGGCUCGUGUCCCAGCUUUGGCGACAGACGGUGUUACCAACUCCCCCCAGGUGGACGCGGACUUGCUCGGAGAGCCAUCCACCGAGACAUUGCAGAAGGCGCGGACAUCAUCAUGGUGAAGCCCGCGACGCAAUACCUGGACAUCAUCUCAGACGCGAAGGAAAUCGGAAAGGAUUUGCCAGUCGCCGCAUAUCACGUCAGUGGAGAGUAUGCCAUGAUUCACGCUGCGGCGAAGGCCGGUGUGUUCGAUUUGAAGACCAUGGCUUUCGAAGCCACUGAAGGCAUUCUGAGGGCAGGAGCCACGAUCAUCGUGAGUUACUUCACACCAGAAUUUUUGGACUGGCUGGAGACGUAGAGAUGUCUCGCCGCAAAAGCGUUACUUGAUCGCAGCAUUGUAUUUACUAUGAAGCUUUAUAUACCCAUUUUCAUCGAACUGGACGAGAUGUCUGCAACUCAACUCAAGCCAUUGAAAAGGAUAUGAUUACCACAACGGAAUCUGAAAUUGCUACAUGGCGGGACAGAUCCUAUACCGCGCGGCAAGGAGGGAGACGGUACUGGGAAAUAUUCCAGGUUGUGAGUGUCGUGCAAGCACGCGAAUUGGGGCAUCUGCCUGGGAAGGUGCCUGUCGUGCCGCAGCUGCCUUUCGCAGUCUCACUACCGCAAAACUCGAAUUGAUCGCCUUUGGCAAU